AGUUGCGUAAUGUUACGCAGAUAUAUCGAGAAGUCGCGCAUAUCAAGAUAUAUUGCGUACAUUAUAUAUUAAGUUAUAAGUACACAAUGUACAUUUGUACAAUCAGUAACAAUUGUGAUUCUAAAUGGCAGUGAACGCUACAGUUAAUUUUACAAAAUGUCUUGAAUAAAACAAUGAAAAGUCGACUAACUAGAUUGUCGGGCGUGCUGCGCCGACUGGUUGGUCCUGUCCUGCUGGUUCUAGGAGGGGUCGUCUUUGGUCUAGCUGUACUUUCCUACCCUUCCAUGUACAUAGUGCAAAGGCCCCUAAGAGUGCUUCAUUUUCAACAAACUAUAGCUUUAGCCCGGUUCAAUGGUCCUGGGAAUACGCUGGACUACUGCCAGUUAAUAUUAGCUGAAUCCAACGAGGUUAACAAAGAGACAAUUCUUGAAAGAUUAGGAUUAAAGUACGUUGUUGAAGAAGUGGAUUUCCCAACGAUGUUGGCUGUUGUUGAUGAAUGUAGGAUUAAGGCUGUAGAUGAGAGUGUGAAGGAUGUGGAUACUGAGAUGGGAGAAAACGAAUAUUUUAAACUAUUUCGAGGAAUUUUACCAGGAACUCUAUGGUGUGGGUAUGAUGACUUGGCCCCAACCUAUGAUAGCCUAGGACCAGCUACUCGACUUGACAGUUGCUGUAGAGCUCAUGACCACUGUCCUUUAAAAGUUAAAGCACUUCAAAGCAGAUAUGGAGUUCUUAAUUUGCAUCCGUACACUAAGGUUGCUUGUGAGUGUGAUACAAGUUUUUAUAAUUGUCUCAAGAGAGUCGGAUCUGAGAAAUCUAACGCUGUUGGGAAUUUUUUCUUCAAUAUUAUUCAAAUUCAGUGUCUACAGAAAGAUUCCAGUAGAAACUGCUCAAAUUCGAGAUCUCAACGCUCUUUUUAUAAUUUUAGACAAUCCUUGAAUUCUGUGGACUGUAAAGACGAACUAUUUUACAAACCUGUGAACAGAAAUAUUAAAUAUUGACGAUUCUAUUUCAGGGGCUUAAACAUUAAUUUUUCCAGGGGCUCGGUCCUGACUCCUGAUAGCCCCUCUUCCUUGAAUUCGCCCCUGAUCCUGCAAUCAUAGUCUUA